CUGAUGCAAUCCUCGUGAGCAGCGUGUGUCUCGCACAGGGAGCGAGAGCUGAAAUCAUUUUGUUACAUUUUUCUCACAUGCUUUAUGUCGCUUAAGUUCGCGAUAAGCAGAGAGUUUUCUUUAUUGAAAAAAGCCGACGAUAAGCGACCAAAAAAAUGACAGAAGAGGAUUCGGUGUUUGAUCCAACUUUAAAAAAGAAAAAAAAGAAGAAGAAAACAACAUUUGAUAUGGAUUCGGCUUUCAAUGAGGGUGGUAAUAGUGGAGAUGUGGUUGAAAAUGCGGACAAGGAUAAGGAAAAUCAGGAGCCAGAACCAACAGUCAUUGAAGAAGAUGAGGCACUGGACUUAGAAAAUUUUGGUAAAAAGAAAAAAAAGAAGAAAAAGGCAUUUAAUCUAGAUGAAUUAGAAGCAGCUCUACCUGAUACCAAGAAAGAGGAGUCUGUGGAACAACAAAUUGAAGAGAUUACUGUAGAAGAUGACUUCAAUUUGGAUAUGGACUUUUCUAAAACAAAAAAGAAGAAAAAGAAGAAGAAAGAUCUUGAUGAAUUGGUGGCUGAGGAAGAGCUUAAAGAAAGAGAAGACAAGGAAAAUGGCUGCACUGAAUCUGAGCGAAGUGCAGAGUAUGUGGAGGAGCCAAGCUUGUGGGUGGGUUCCGACAGAGAUUACACAUAUGAUGAACUAUUAGAUAGAGUAUUUAACAUCAUGCGGGAGAAAAAUCCGGACAUGGUAGCCGGUAAGAAACAGAAGUUUGUCAUGCGUCCGCCACAGGUAGUACGCAUUGGAACAAAAAAGACAUCUUUUGCGAAUUUCACUGAGAUUUGUAAAACAUUGCAUAGGCAGCCAAAACAUUUAUUAGACUUUUUGCUGGCUGAGUUAGGUACGAGUGGAUCAGUUGACGGUAACAGUCAAUUGAUCAUCAAAGGACGUUUCCAGCAAAAACAACUGGAAAACGUUCUUAGACGAUAUAUAAAAGAGUACGUUACGUGUCAUACAUGUCGUUCGCCUGACACAAUUCUUCAAAAGGAUACUCGCCUCUUCUUUUUGCAAUGUGAGACUUGCGGCUCGAGAUGUUCUGUUGCUAGCAUAAAAUCUGGUUUCCAGGCCGUCACAGGAAAGCGCGCUGCUAUUCGUGCGAAAACUGCCUAAGCAAUUUUCUCCACUUAAGAAAAUGCUAGUGCAAAUAAAAUUAUGGAACAUAAAUAAUAAAAAAACAAAAAACAAUACAGUGAUUGCAUCUCGAAUUGAUUUGAGUACAGGAGUGUAGAUAGUAUUAGCUCGUCAUAAAAAUUUAAUACCAAUUCUAGUAUGAAAUGAAAUAAACUGGCUUGGGCUGCAUAUAUAUGUGUGGAUUUUGUGUCAAAACAAACACACAUACAUAUGUAAAGAUCCUCAGCUUCAUAAUAUGCUUAAA